GAGUGCUUGACGUUACCCUUUUUUACAAAAAUAUGAACCCUUUUCACAAAGUAAUUAAUGCUAGUUUCGGUUUCAGCCUGUUGGCCCUUUUAAUCCUCCUGCUGGAGUGUCGGCAGAACGACAAAUAUAGUUUUGUAGAGCUGGUGUGUGUGUGUGUGUGUUUCGCCUCUUUUACAGCAGUUAAUUUGCAUACUAUCUUUUAUUUUGAGUUAAAAAAGGAUUGUUUUUUGGGGCUUAACCAGUGCCUAGCUACGUUUUGAAAAAAGAAAUAUGAACGCGUUCCCGUCUUUAACUUCUGGGGCGGUUACAGUUUUGUACGGAAAAUACUCUUGCCUCUCUUUUAAAAUGAUCCAUGACGAAGGUGGAAUCCGCUACUGUUACCAAAACUCCCAUUAACUUCUUAAGCUUUUGCUUUUAAAUACAAAGCACGGAGAGAGAGAGAGAGAGAGAGAGAGAGCUUGUUCUUGUGUAUUUCUGUGACAUUGGGUCUGCGCCUUGUAUCGCUUUUGGCAACAGAAUGAGCGGAAAGAAGAAAGAGGUCAUUAGAUUAGAGCGUGAAUCUGUGAUUCCAAUUCUCAAGCCCAAGCUCAUCAUGACCUUGGCUAACCUGAUUGAACAUAAUACUGACAGGGCUGAGUUUUUAAAGCUCUGCAAAAGAGUUGAGUACACAAUUCGAGCUUGGUAUCUUCUACAAUUUGAGGACCUGAUGCAACUGUACUCCCUCUUUGACCCCAUACAUGGGGCUCAGAAAUUGGAGCAGCAGAACCUAUCUCCUGACGAUACUGAUAUACUAGAACAGAACUUCCUGACAUAUUUAUUUCAGGUGAUGGAAAAGAGCAAUUUCAAGUUAACAACUGAUGACGAAAUCGAUGUUGCACUUUCGGGGCAGUAUCUUCUAAAUCUUCCAAUCAUGGUGGAUGAUUCUAAGGUUGACAAGAAGCUUUUGAAGAAAUAUUUUGCAGAGCAUCCUCACCAGAACCUUCCAGAUUUUGCUGAUAAGUACAUUAUUUUCCGGCGUGGUAUUGGGAUUGAUCAGACAACUGAUUACUUUUUCAUGGAGAAAGUGGAUAUGAUCAUUGCACGUUUAUGGAGUUGUCUUUUGAGACUAUCAAGGCUGGAAAAGCUUUUGAAACGGUCAAGUGGCCGGCAUAAGAAAGAUCCGAAGAAACAAGAUGAUAUUAGCUCUGAAGCAGAUGGUGACAAUCUAUCUGUUGAACGGAUCCGUCUCGAAAAUAUGGAACUAAGUGUUAAAAAUUUGCUGGGCAAGAUCACAAUUCAAGAACCUACUUUUGAUAGGAUAAUUGUCGUCUACAGGCAAGCAAGUACCAAAUCUAAAACGGAACGAGGAAUAUAUGUGAAGCAUUUCAAAAACAUUCCAAUGGCUGAUAUGGAAAUAGUCCUUCCCGAGAAGAAAAGCCCAGGAUUAACUCCAAUGGACUGGGUCAAAUUCCUAGGCUCUGCUAUAGUUGGGCUGGUUGCAGUAUUUGGUUCACUUGAAAUGCCAAAAGCUGAUUUAUGGGUCAUCUUUGCCGUUCUGUCCACUGUGAUUGGUUAUUGUGCCAAGACAUACUUCACGUUUCAGCAAAACUUGGCUGCAUAUCAGAACUUGAUAACUCAAUCCAUGUACGACAAACAACUGGAUAGUGGAAAGGGUACUCUUCUUCACUUGUGCGAUGAUGUAAUUCAGCAGGAAGUCAAAGAGGUGAUUAUUUCUUUCUUUAUAUUGAUGGAACAGGGCAAAGCUACAAGACAGGAUCUUGAUAUGCGGUGCGAGGAACUAAUCAAACAAGAGUUUGGUGAGAGCUGUAAUUUUGAUGUGGAUGAUGCAGUUCAAAAGUUAGAGAAGCUUGGUAUUAUUGCUCGGGAUAGCGUUGGGCGGUAUUAUUGCAUUGGGCUAAAACGGGCUAAUGAAAUGAUUGGAACCACCACUGAGGAACUUGUCCUUAAGGCAAAGCAGGGUGGUGGUGGUGGUGGUGGUCCUUGAUGCUGUAUCGCCAAAGUCGAGCUUCCGUUUCUUAUACAUAAGUACUUGUUUUUGCUGGAUGUAGCUUCUGUUUCUUAUAUACAAUUAGUACUUGUUUUUGCUGUGCUGGAUGUAUUAAAUGCUGUUAGACGUAUUUGCAGGGUGAUUAUUCUGCUUUGAAACACAGCCUACUGAGAGUUAUCGCCUAUGGGAGUGAUUGUCUGUAAUCGAGUUACGCCUAUGGGAGUUGAUUGUCUGUAAUCGAGAACGUAACGAGUUCUGAAC